AUGGCUAGACAUACUUUUGGCUUGGGUUCUCUGGGUGACUCCGGUUCUUCCAAUGGAAUGGGGCCUGCAAAUGAAGUGGACGCAAAUGGUGAACACCACUCAGCUACCAACGGGAGUGACGAUGGAAGCGAUGAAGACGGCGGUACGACAGAAGGCUGUCUCACAGAGGAUGACGAAAAUGAUGAAACUCUGGGACAAGCAGAUCGCAGCAAUGAUAUCUCGGUGACAAAUACUGCUCAUUCUACCAAUAUGGAGAAGUCGGUGCUUUACCCGAACCAAGCUCUGCCUCCACCAGUGUACACAAAUAUUGGUAAAUUGCAAGCAGCUGCACAACGCGGGGUCGGUGGUAUUAAGAAGGAUGCGUCCUCUUCAAAUACUGCCACAGGCUCUUCUGCUGUUCCUGCCGGCAAUGGAACCACAAAACCACAUCGGGCUGAAUCCCCACCGAUAUACGAUACUCAUCAAAUGGAUGGUAGAAAAUUCUCUCAGCCCACUGCAACUAUCUCCAAAGGUGGGAUGGCGUCCCUUCUUCGAAGUCUAUCGAUCAGUGGUCGUCCACCUGGUCUUGCUUCGACAAAUCCACUUUCGUCGCAAGCACAACAAGCGCCAUGUGAAGGUGCCGGAGAAGGUUUGGGUUUGAGUCCCCCUCAUACCUCCUAUAUGACUCCUGUAAUUGCAGAUCAAGCAACCACUUCACCGCCUCCAGAGUCUUCUACUCCAAAUUCACCUUCAUCUAGUUACGCUGAAGCUCGUUCACGAAUUGAUGCCAUCUUCUCCGGUCAUCGUACAGAUUCUCCCCAACCACCAACAAGCUCAUCAUCAAUUGAUCCUCUCGGUGUGGAGGGUUUAGAUUUGGGUGGUAUCGGAAACACCUCUACUUUCCGUAGAAGGCGUUUGCCCCAAUUCCAACAGCAGUCACAAACGCUAACACGAACUGCAGGCAUCAACUUGAUGAGGGGCUCAAUGUUCCAGCUGAAUACAGCCUCAGCGUCUGCUACCGCUGCCGCCUCAAAUAAUGGCUCUGUGGAUAUGGAAGGUCGUAGUGGAUAUGGGUAUGGUCCCAGACAAACACCAAUGACUCCGGGUCCAAAUAGGCGAUGCCCUCUGCGCAGUCAGUUGUCAAAUACGAACGAGCCAGCCGGUCAGGUGAUACGUCCACCACGCAGAUCUAGCAGUGUAUGCCGAGAACUUCCAAGCCUAUCACAACAGCAACCUCCCGCUCAGCUCCAACAUCUCCAACAAACAGCUAGUCAACAACCGCAACAAAAUUUCUUUCCGUCAUCUGAUUAUCUUCAACAACAACAACAACAGAUUGAUAACUGUGAGUCAGGAUUACAACAACCUCAGUCUCGACAACACCAGCUGUCAUUAUCUUCUAAUGGACAUUACACAACACCCAGAGGGAUUCAACAACACCCCCAGCGCGUAUAUGCUGACCCACGAUCGUUCCAACAUCAGCAAAGUUCCCAGAAUGGGACCCCUAAUUCAACCUCGGUGGGAACUGCGGCUCAAUUAGCUGUUGAAGCCGCUGCUCGAAGAAAUCAGCAAUAUGCCUCGACUUCUGGUGUGCGAAAUCAUUCCGCACUGACCCAUCGGACUUUGAUCCCAAAUCAGAACGCCCCUAAUGCAUCAAGCCGUCUUCCACAGCGUCAGAUUGUUAGCAACGGUUGUGGUGGCGGCAUUACCCAUGGCAAUUCAAGUGUUCGAGCCGUGAAAAACCAGAGAACAUAUUACGGCCAGCAGCAACUCCAGCAAUCCAACCAGCCCCAAUCAAAUAUCCCAGCAAUGGGAUAUGGAUAUGGCUAUCCACCAGCCCAACAGAACCAGCAGUACAGUCAUCAACAUCUAAGCCAACAGAAUUUAAAUUACCUUCUUCAACAAAAUAAUCGAGACUUCCCGCCUCCUCCUGCUGCCUUUGAUGAUAUUGAAAGCACAAGUAAGUCAGUUCGCAAAUUUGAAAAAAUCACAUCUAUUUAG